AUGGUUAACUUGUUAAAAGAUAUCGAGGGGGUCGUAGUAUUUUUGGAUGACGUUUUGAUCGCUUCGGACACUAUCGAAAACCAUAUACAUACUUUACGUAAAGUGCUAGAUAAAUUGAAAGAGUACGGUCUUAAAUUAAAAAGGGAAAAAUGUGAAUUUUUUGUAGAAAAAGAGAAAUAUUUGGGUUAUGUAAUGAAUAAAGAGGGAAUCCACCCCGAUCCUGACAAGAUAGAAUCGAUUCUGUUGAUGUCACCACCCAAAGAUAUUUCGGAACUUCGGUCAUUUUUAGGAAUGGUCAAUUUUUAUAGCCGUUUCGUGACCAAUUUGAGUACCAUUUUACGGCCACUUUACGAACUACUAAAAAAAGACUCGACAUGGAAAUGGGGUAAAUUAGAACAGCAGGCUUUCACUGUAGUUAAGAGACGUUUGAGUGACGCGGUCGCGCUGAGCCACUACGAGCCGGGCGCGCCGUUAGUGGUGACGUGUGAUGCCAGCGCGCGCGGGCUUGGCGCCGUGCUGGCGCAGCGCGACGCGGCCGGCCGCGAGCGCCCCGUCAUGUGUGUGUCGCGCGCGCUCACCGCCGCGGAAUGCAACUACAGUCAGAUACAAAAGGAGGCGUUAGCUAUUGUAUUUGCUGUGAAAAAGUUUCACCAGUAUAUUUACGGACGACGGUUUACAUUGCGGACGGAUCAUAAACCGUUAGUCACAAUAUUCGGUCCACACCAAGGUAUUCCUAGCAUGACGGCCAGUAGAUUACGGAGAUGGGCUUUAAUAUUAACAGCUUACGAUUUCGAUAUCGAAUACGUCUCAACUAAUGAUAAUGUGGCGGAUGCAUUGUCGCGAAUGAUUUCUACCCAUAAAGAGAGUAGGUCGGAGGAAAAUCGAGAAUUUCCGGAACAAACUUAUUUACAUUUCGCGUCAGAGGCCUUAUUAAUAGACAAUAAUAGUUUAAAGCGGGAAACCGCGAGGGACGCGAUACUAGGGCGGGUCCUCGGUUAUAUACGGGACGGCUGGCCGCAAGAUAUCGAAAUAAAAGAUAUCAAACCAUACUUUCACAGACAGAAAGAGUUAUACGAGGAACUGGGGUGCGUCAUGUGGGGUCACAGAGUAGUGGUACCUUCUAGUUGCAGGGAGAAAGUUCUCGCAGAGUUACAUGAGGCUCACAUGGGGAUCACCAAGACGAAACAGUUCGCUCGCAGCUACGUGUGGUGGCCGGGGAUCGACGAGGCGGUGGAGGCCGUGUGCCGCGCCUGCUCGGUGUGCGCGCGCGUGGCGGACGCGCCGGAGCAACACGAGCCGCGCCCGUGGCUGUGGCCAGAGCGCCCGUGGUCGCGACUGCAUCUCGAUUUUUUAGGGCCGAUAGGGGGCGUUACUUACUUAGUUACCGUGGACGCUCAUUCUAAAUGGGUCGAAGUCACUGCUAUGAGUUCCAUUUCGGCAAAAAAUUUAAUAAGCAAAUUAAGGGAAAUGUGGGCUAGAUUCGGUCUGCCAAGACAGAUAGUGAGUGACAACGGUCCGCCAUUUACUAGUCAGGAAUUCCAGUUAUUUCUUAAAGAUAACGGUAUAGAACACAUAUUUUCAGCACCCUAUCACCCGGCUUCGAAUGGCGCAGCGGAGAAUGCGGUUAGAAUGAGCAAGCGGGUUAUAAAAAAGGCACUGGUACAGGGUGUGAAUAUCGAUAUCGCGCUUAAUAGGUUUCUACUCGUAUAUCGUAACACCGAACACUGUACUACCGGUGUGAGCCCCGCGAAAUUAUUACAAGGUCGUUCACUGCGCACACGCCUCGACUGUCUGAAGCCGGAGCUGGGGCCCCGCGUGCGGCGCGAGCAGGCGCGGCAGGCGCGCGCCGCGGGCGGCAGUCGCCGGCAGUUCGCGCCGGGAGACCGCGUAUGGUACCGCGAUUAUCGUAACUCGGUUGUAAAAUGGUUAAAAGGAGAAGUACACUCCAGACUAGGAGAAACGGACUAUAAUAUUCUAGGGGCUGAUAAAGUCUUUAUUCAUAGACAUGUCGACCAGAUAAGACCACGAUCGGGGGAGCCGGAUAGGGAAGGAGAAGACCGGGAUGUUUCAGAAGGAGGAAGAGGUUCAUUAUCACGUUCCUAUCUAGUGUAUCCGAAUGGCUCCUCUCCAGUGGUGGAGGAAGAGGCCAGUUCGAGUGGCAGAGAGGCUGCGGCCGGGUCCGCGCCCGCCGCGACGUCCCCGCGCCCCCCGCCCGCCCCGCAGCCGGCGCCCGCGGCUCCGAGCCCGGCGAGGGAGCGCCCCAACCCGCCUAGAACUCGUAGGGCCCCGCGACGUUAUGGAUUUGAUUUUGAUUAG